AUGAGAUCGGCUGUCCUCUUCCUUCUUCUUGGGCUUCCCCUUAUUAAUGCCAUUCCCGUCGAUAACGGCGUGGAAGGGGAUCCCGAGAUUGAGUGCGGGCCCACUUCGAUCACCGUCAACUUCAACACCCGUAAUGCCUUCGACGGUCACGUUUACGUGAAGGGUCUCUUCGAUCAGCAGGGAUGUCGUUCUGAUGAGCACGGUCGUCAAGUUGCUGGAAUCGAGUUGCCUUUCGACUCUUGCAACGUUGCCCGUACCCGUUCUCUCAACCCUAAAGGAGUGUUUGUCAGCACCACCGUUGUCAUCCAAUUCCAUCCACAGUUCGUAACCAAGGUAGACCGUGCCUACAGAGUCCAAUGCUUCUACAUGGAGGCCGAUAAGACUGUCAGCGCCCAACUUGAGGUUUCUGAUCUCACCACCGCCUUCCAGACCCAAGUCGUCCCUAUGCCAGUAUGCAAAUACGAAGUAAGUUAAAGGCGAUCGCUAGGUAAUUUAUCUGUUAGAUUCUUGACGGUGGCCCAACUGGUCAGCCCAUCCAAUUUGCCACCAUUGGACAACAAGUCUACCACAAAUGGACCUGUGAUUCCGAGACCACCGACACCUUCUGCGCUGUCGUUCACUCUUGUACCGUUGAUGAUGGUAACGGAGAUACCAUUCAAAUCCUAAACGAAGAGGGAUGUGCCCUCGACAAGUUCUUGCUGAAUAACUUGGAGUACCCAACUGAUCUGAUGGCUGGUCAAGAAGCUCACGUCUACAAAUACGCCGACCGUUCUCAGCUCUUCUACCAGUGUCAGAUCAGCAUCACCAUUAAGGAACCGAACAGUGAAUGUGCUCGACCAAAGUGUUCCGAGCCGACUGGAUUUGGAGCCCAGAAACUCGGAGGUGGUGCUGGCGCCGCCGCUGCCGCGCCUGCUGCUCCAGCUGCUUUGCCACGUCUCCUCAAGAAAAGAAGCGCUGACAAUUUCGAUAACACGUUGGAUGUCCGUACUGAGAUCAACACUUUGGACAUCUCAGAGAACCAAGUGAGUCUUUUAUUUUUAUGAGUUCUCUUACCUUAUGCCUUUACUAGUGAAUUAAUAAUUACAGGAGCCACUUCUCCCCGAGAAACUCCGUCAUCAUUUCGGUCGUCCAGUGCAAUCUCAGCUGGCUGUUAACGGCUUUUGUGUUUCUGGAACUGGUUUCAUGCUGACGAUGUUCGUCUUUAUGAUUGUGCUCACAGCUCUGGCUACCAUCGGAUUCUCUGUUCUCCGUAAAGACAGAAAGUACUAA